CUGUCCUCUGAUUACUGUCAGUAUUGAUGUCUUCCUCAGGUGCAGUAGAGAUGGGCAUCGCCAACGACAGCGCCUUCAGCCACUUCAUCCUUAUAGGCUUCUCUGAGCGACCCCAGGUAGAGAGGGUCCUCUUUGCCAUCAUACUGCCCGCCUACCUCCUGACCCUGCUGGGCAACAGCACCAUCAUCCUGGUGUCCAGGCUGGACCCGCACCUGCACACUCCCAUGUACUUCUUCCUCACACACCUGUCCUUCCUGGACCUCAGCUUCACCAGCAGCUCCAUCCCACAGCUGCUCUAUAACCUCAGCGGGCCGGACAAGACCAUCAGCUAUGUGGGCUGUGCUCUGCAGCUGGUCCUGUUCCUGGGCCUGGGGGGUGUGGAGUGCCUGCUGCUGGCUGUCAUGGCCUAUGACCGCUUUGUGGCGGUCUGCAAGCCCUUGCACUACAUGGUCCUCAUGAGCCCCAGGCUCUGCAUAGGCCUGGUCUCAGUGGCCUGGAGCUGCGGCGUGGCCAACUCCUUGGCUAUGUCUCCGGUGACCCUCAGCCUACCCCGCUGUGGGCAACGCAGGGUGGACCACUUCCUCUGUGAGAUGCCAGCUCUCAUCAGGAUGGCCUGUGUCAACACUGCUGCAGUGGAAGGCACUGUCUUCAUCCUGGCUAUAGGCAUCGUGCUGUCACCCCUGGUGUUCAUCUUGGUCUCCUAUGGCUACAUCGUGAGAGCAGUGUUGCGAAUCCGCUCGGCUUCAGGGCGGCAGAAGGCUUUCAACACUUGUGGCUCGCACCUCACCGUAGUCUCACUUUUCUAUGGAAAUAUCAUCUACAUGUACAUGCAGCCGGGAAACAGCUCCUCCCAGGACCAGGGCAAGUUCCUCACCCUCUUCUACAACAUUGUCACCCCUCUCCUCAACCCUCUGAUCUACACACUGAGAAACAAGGAAGUGAAGGGGGCACUCAGGAGACUGCUGCUGGGUAGCCGAGAGACAGGGGAAGUAAGGGCUGGUUUCAGACAGACCAGAGAAAAGCUACCCUGGUGAGGAUGGCAAUGAAUACUGAGAGAAUUCAAGUUCUCAGGCAAACAAUUUAAUGAGAAAGAAAGAAGGCAGAGAAAA